AUGAGUUAACAUAUAGCAAAUCAUUAUUUUUCUCAUCCCAUUAAAAAUGAGUCAAGUAGAAGAAUUAAGACUCUCUACUCGAUGAAUGACUCUAAUUCAUGCAAGAUUAGAAAAGUUAUCGUCCCAAAAAAUAUCAGCAUUGACAAGGAAACCCUUUAUGAGUAAUUGCAUUUAGAAAAAUUAAAAACGAAGCAACUACAAAUAGAAAUCCAAUCCUUAUAAAACAUACUGUCAUAAUAUGGCAAAGAAGUAGAUAUGAUGGAUGAAAAUGAUCAAAGGAAAUUCAUCCAACAAAGUUUAUUAAGAAUCAAGCAAAAAGAUCAAGAAAUACAAAUGCUUAAAGAAAACAAUUAAUUCAAAGCUCAACAAGAUUUAAAAAAGUAGAUUCAAGAUCUAAAGAAAGAGCUCUUAUAAUAUCAGAUCCUAUAGAAAUUUGAGGGUGACUAGAAUUAAAUCGUUCAAGACAACAUAAAUUUAAUAGAUAAGAUUGAAUCCCAAAAACAAUAUAUUAAUUAAUUAGAAAAAAUUAGAAAUGAUUACAUCUAAGUCAAAGCCAAACAUAACCAAUUAUUGUAGGUCAUGAAAUUAAAAGACUAACAGAUAUAGAGAUUUCGGGAUAGAGAUCCCUUAUCAGAAACAAAUUUGAUGAAGCAACAGAGUAAGAAUGAAAAUCUCUUGGUCAACGAGUUGAAACUUAAAAUAGAUGAAAUCUAACAUUUACAAACCAGACUUAAUCAAUAUUAAUAAAUUAUUUAAGAAAACUAAAACGCCUUAACCGAAUUAAAUUAUGAUACCAAAUAAAAAAUAUAACUUUUAGAAGCAGAGAAAAAGUAAAUCAAUGACAAAUAUGAUAAACUCUAAAUGGAUUAUCAUGCAUUGUUGGAAAAAAAAAAACAACUUGAUAUGUAAUCCUAUAUUCUAAUGUAGAUUCCUGCAGUAAUUUGCUAAGAAGAAACUAUAAACCUAAACUUUAAUUUAUGGAGAGGAUUAACUUUUUUAAUCCGCUACUUAAGUCCUUUUAUCUCCGUUGAUAUCUCCUCAUCAUGGAGACAAUGUGGUUGUUAAGUAAGUCAGAAAAUAACAAAUUGAGUAAACUAUCCUAGAAUUAAAAUUGUCUCUUAGGAAAAAAAGAAUCUCCCUCCAAGAUGCAGAAUUAGUAAAAGAUUAAGUCUAUAUUUAGAUCCUAUUUUCAACAGGAAAUGAAAUUGCAAUUAAUGACAUAGAGAAAUAAUUGAAAUAGGAUCCCUUUCAUCUGAAGAAUAGCACUUUACUUGCCAGGUACAUGAUUGAGGAUUACGUCGAUAAGUAUCUAUCAAUAUCAAUAUAACUAGAGAUUUUGUAUAUGAUCCCGACUUGAAGGCUCCUAUGGCCAAAGUAAAGAGUGUCUUUAGAAACCUUAUGCAAAAUUAUAAAUUAAAUUUCGACUAAAAUGUGUAAGAUCUAGUCGAAACCUCCAUCAGACAAAAUCUCAUAGACUUUUGUGUUAAAAAAUCUGUGAAUACUCUCAAUUUAGACAAUAUCACUGAAUGCAUGAUAUCGUAAGAUAUCCUAUGGAAUUCUAAACAUUCAGAUUACCUUCAAUAGAUGUAUUACAACAAAUACAAUAAGUAUUUAAAUUUCGAACUUAGCAAUUUAUUAAAAUUGUUUGAUAUAACGCAAUGA